AUGGGAAAUAAGCUCAGUUAAAAUAAAGUUAUGGAUGUUGAUAAAAGUUAUAAGAGAAUGGGAUCGAGAUAUGCAAUUAGAUUAUUAUAUCACUUAACAAAAUAUUAAAAUUUAGAAAAAUUUAGUUUAAAUUUGAAUAAUAAUUUGAUUGACUCAGAAGGAGUUUGUGGUUUUGAUUUAGGUAAAUUAAACAAACUCUAAUAUUUAAAAUUUAGUAUUAGUGAAAAUAUAAUAUGCAGUAUAGGUGCUGAAAGUUUAGGGAAAUAAUUAAAAAAAUGUAAAAAAUUAUCUUCUUUGGAUAUAUGCUUGAGCUAUAAUUAAAAAAUUGGCUCAGAAGGUGUAGUCAAGUUCUCUGAAUGUCUAAAUGAACUUGUUAACCUUAGUUCCAUAAGUUUAGACUUCUACAAAAUUGAUUUAACUUCUCAAGGAGCAAUUUUACUUGGUUAGAAACUACAAAGUUGCUUUAAUUUAGAUAAUGUUGUGUUGCAUCUUGGAAAUAAUAUGAUUGAUUAUUAAGGGUGUUAAUAGUUGGCUAUUUCUCUUUUUAAUUGUCAAAAAUUAUACAAACUACAUUUAGGAUUAGAGCAUAAUUAAAUAGGAUCUUAAGGUUUUUAAUCAAUUGGAAAUUAAUUAUUUAGUUGCAAGACUGUAAAGUAUCUUAGUAUUUAAGUAAGUGAUUGUGGCAUCAAAUAAGAAGGAAUCAUUAAAUUUUGUGAGUAAAUUAAAUAAAACUAAGUUCUUAUUUCAUUUAGAAUAGACUUAAAGUGGAACCAGCUAUAACGGAGAGAAAUGAGGUAAAUGUUCAAUCGAUUAAGUAAAAUCAAAAGACUAGUAUUAUUAUCAAUAAAAUAUUGA